GAUCCACGGAGUGGACAAUUCUGUAAUUUCGUCAAUUUCAAUCCCAGUUGACCGAGAUUCCGUGACGCAACUGUUUCAAUCUCCUAUUGGGUCCCACUCUCGGGUACAUCCAAGCCGAUCAUCAUGCUAAGGUACCCGAUAACUCCGACAAUCCAUCCGUCCAACUGCAAUCCUACUCAUCGAUCAUAUCCUCACGUGGCCUCCUCACUCCAAUACGAUUUCCUGGCACAGAUUCCACAGGACAAAUCCUUUCAUCCAAUCAAGCCUCUCCACGUGUCGUCCACAGGACGCGUAAAAAGACAUUACCCUCCUGCUUCUCGUCGCCGUGUUCACUCCCUCCAUUUCUCUCCCGAACGACGAAGUGAAACCGAAACGAUGGGCAACGAAAACCCAGCCGUUGAUUUCAAGCUCGUUGGAUUCUCAAACUUCGUCCGGUCCAAUCCCCGGUCGGACCGGUUCAAGGUCAAGCGGUUCCACCACAUCGAGUACUGGUGCGGAGACGCGACCAAUACGGCACGGCGUUUCUCUUGGGGACUCGGCAUGCCUCUGGUCGCCAAGUCCGACCUCUCCACUGGAAACCAAGUCCACGCCUCCUAUCUCCUCCGCUCCGGCGACCUCUGCUUCCUCUUCACCGCCCCUUACUCUCCCUCCAUCGCCUCCCUCUCUCAAUCCCCAAACUCGGCUUCCAUCCCCUCCUUCGACCACUCCGCCUGCCGGAGAUUCGCCGAUUCCCACGGCCUAGCCGUCCGUGCCGUCGCCAUCGAGGUCGAAGACGCCGAGCUCGCUUUCACCACCAGUGUCGCCCACGGCGCCAAACCCUCAUCCCCUCCUCUCUCCCUCGACGACCGCGUCGCUAUCGCCGAGGUCCAGCUCUACGGUGACGUCGUUCUGCGCUACGUCAGCUACAAGGAUCCUACCCGAAUCUCCGACCCGAACCCGGAUUCCUGGUUCCUUCCCGGGUUCGAGUCCGUCCCGUCCUCUUUUCCUUUGGAUUUCGGAAUCCGACGUUUGGACCAUGCUGUGGGUAACGUGCCGGAGCUGGGUCCGGCAGUCUCGUACGUGAAAGGGUUUACGGGGUUCCAUGAGUUCGCGGAGUUCACGGCGGAGGACGUGGGGACGAGCGAUAGCGGUCUGAACUCCGUGGUGCUGGCGAACAACGACGAGAUGGUGUUGCUGCCGCUGAACGAGCCGGUAUUCGGGACGAAGAGGAAGAGUCAGAUACAGACGUACUUGGAGCACAACGAAGGAGCUGGGCUGCAGCAUCUGGCAUUGGUGAGCGAGGACAUUUUCAGGACCCUGAGGGAGAUGAGGAGCCGAAGCUGGAUCGGAGGGUUCGAGUUCAUGCCAUCGCCGCCGCCGACGUACUACAAGAAUUUGAAGAACCGGGCCGGUGACGUGUUGACGGACGAGCAGAUAAAGGAAUGCGAGGAGCUUGGGAUCUUGGUGGACAGGGAUGAUCAGGGUACUCUGCUCCAGAUUUUCACCAAGCCUGUUGGAGAUAGGCCAACCAUAUUUAUAGAGAUUAUUCAGAGAGUGGGAUGUAUGCUCAAGGAUGAAGAAGGGAAAGUAUACCAAAAAGGAGGAUGUGGUGGAUUUGGGAAAGGUAACUUUUCUGAGCUCUUCAAAUCUAUUGAGGAGUAUGAGAAGACACUUGAAGCCAAACAAAAUGCGGAGUCAGAUGCCGCAUGAAUGAACAAAAUGUGCAGUCAGCUGCUGCAUGAGUGAACAAAGAAGUGUUAAAAUCUAAUUUAUAGACUAAUAAGGUAAUUGCUCAAACCAGACUCCUCAUAAUCUAUGAGGAUUGACCUCGAUGAUAGAUUAUAUUUCUGUGAAUAAUUAACUUUGUUAAUUGUGUAUGUACAAUGACCUCAACUUCAAAGAUAAAUUUGAUCAAAAUUUGUCUGUUGUUAUCGAUAAUCAAUACAACGUGGUUUUUUUUUUU